CUGUUUCCCAUGGACACCGUGCGAAAGCGAGGCGGCUGGUGUGUUUCCGCUUACCUCACACUGAGAAGAACGAAACCGGUUAGCUUUUGGGACAAAGCGAAGGAAACGACAAUACCAUACAAAAAUAAGCCAUUUCGCACUUAACCUAACAUUUGGAGAAUAGUCUGUCUAUUUGAAUUAUUUGAGUCCAUGUCCCGACAGUGAGAACGAAGAGGAGGGCUUGAAGGCAUUUAGGCUUUUCGUUGGUUGAAGCUCAGCGGACUGUAGAGCUGGUAUCCAGGGGAAAGAUGAGCGAUGGAAUGGUAUCGUGUGAGACGAGAGCCCUGGCUUCCUCUCCAGUCCACAGACUGGCUACGUCUGUACUCCUCCUCCUCCUCGCCCUGCUCCCCCACGGACACGCAUCAGGAUGUCCUCGACCGGUGGCCGUGGUGCACGGGGAGCUGGUGAACCAGACGGAGGCGAACCGAGGCUCCUUCCCCCCUGGUACCCUGCUGUCCUAUGGCUGUGAGCCGGGCUACGCCCCCGAUGGACCCGCCUCCAUCACCUGUACCACCGCUGGGACAUGGUCCCACCUGCCUCUACGCUGCAUCAGCACUAACGUGUGCCCCCCUCCCACGGAGCCAGAGAACGGAGGGUACAGGUGCCACCCGUCCCCCUGCCACCGCCUCACCCAGAAGACCGUGAUAGAGUACUUCUGUGACGAGGGCUACGCUCUGAAGGGGGACCUCAAGUUCCUGACCUGUCAGAAUGGGGAGUGGGACGUACCCAUGCAGAUCACCUGCCGCCUCAGCCCAGAUAAGGAGCCGCGGUCUCCGUUGGCGAUGCCGACUCUGUCCAUCGUAGCGUCCACAGCCUCCUCUGUGGCCCUCCUGUUGCUGCUGGUGGUGCUGUUUGUUCUGCUGCAGCCCAAACUCAAGUCCUUCCACCACAGCAGGCGUGACCAGGGUGUCUCAGGCCAGCCAGCCUCUAUCGUGGUGGAAGGGGUCCAGGUGGCCCUCCCCUCCUAUGAGGAGGCAGUGUACGGCAGCGGCGCCUCUCUCCCCCCACCUCAAGAGUCCCGGGUUCAGAUCGUCCUGUCUGAGGGCCCCCAGGGGGCCGAGGGCGGAGCAGAGGGACCGGGUCCCAGCAGUAGGUCCCAGUCCCACCAUCACAGAGACAGAGCGAGAGAUACAGAGCUGUGCCUCCCGUCCUCCUCUUCCUCCUUCCCUUCAUCCUGCCGUCACGCAGAGACAGUACUAGUCCACCAGGCCUCCUCUUCGUCGUCGUGGGUUACGGCACACGGAGGGGGUGCCCUUGCCAGACGUAGAGACUCAGAGAACAGUGACCAGCACAGCCUGCUUUCUGUCACCUCCGUAGACGACUUCUCUGAUGAUAUCCCCCUGUUAAAGGAAACCUGAAGCCCCUACAGCUGAGCAGGAAACUAAGGCUUCUACUGGGGCUUUCUAGCUGAACGAUACCACCCUACCUUAUGUCUGAACCACAGAACUACAGAAUUACCCCGCGCAGCAAAUACAGGAAUCAUGUCAAAGAAACUCAACUUCCCUCCCCCUCUACAUCUGCAACUUCUCACACGGCGCAAAGACGAGCAGAGUCUACUUCACCCCCAUUUAUUAUCACCCACAGAACUUAUACUAGACUAACCAUGUCCACCCCCAGUAUCCUCUACCCAUGUCCUGGCUACCCCUUCUGCAAUGAUCUCUAAACUACUACCCGUGUGGAGAAAAGACGAGACUACCCUCUUUCUUUCUUACUGGGAACUGACGAGCCCUUAAUUCUUCCUGUCCCCCUCAGUUUUAGAAUGGACCUCAAGACAGACAGACAGACAGACAGACAGACAGGCCUAGCUGCUUGACCCCAAUCAUCCACACUUCCCUCUCGACCUAACUUCCUGACCCCAAUUGUCCACACUUCCCUCUAGGCCUAACUUCCUGACCCCAAUCAUCCACACUUCCCUCUAGGCCUAACUUCCUGACCCCAAUCAUCCACACUUCCCUCUAGGCCUAACUUCCUGACCCCAAUCAUCCACACUUCCCUCUAGGCCUAACUUCCUGACCCCAAUCAUCCACACUUCCCUCUGGACCUAACUUCCUGACCCCAAUCAUCCACACUUCCCUUUAGGCCUAGCUGCUUGACCCCAAUCAUCCACACUUCCCUUUAGGCCUAGCUGCUUGACCCCAAUCAUCCACACUUCCCUCUGGACCUAACUUCCUGACCCCAAUCAUCCACACUUCCCUCUGGACCUAUCUUCCUGACCCCAAUCAUCCACACUUCCCUUUAGGCCUAGCUGCUUGACCCCAAUCAUCCACACUUCCCUCUAGGCCUAUCUUCCUGACCCCAAUCAUCCACACUUCCAAAUGC